UAAUUAACCAGAUCAUGCGGGAGCUGGCUGUUUGUCUGAUUUGUUUGUUUUCAUUUAUGGCGUGAGCUCUGCUAUUCAAUUGAUGGAAAAUGUGUGUUUUUCUGAAUCGAUGGAUUCGCUGAUUAGUUUCUGCAUUCGCAAUGCUUUUUGAUUCCCGUGUUCUAUUGUUGAUUGCGAUCACGGUUAGAUCUGCUGGUGGAAUGAGUGAAAAGUAGGAUGGCCACAGAAACUGCAAAUCUGCCACCAGCUCCCAGCGCUCAAGUGGUUGGAAAUGCUUUUGUUGAGCAGUAUUACCAUAUCCUCCAUCACUCUCCUGAGUUGGUUUUCAGAUUUUACCAGGAUACAAGUGUGUUAAGCAGGCCAGAUGCUGAUGGCUUUAUGACUACUGUGACAACUAUGAAAAGUAUAAAUGAUAAAAUAUGUUCCUUGGACUACAAGAACUACAAGGCCGAGAUAAAGACUGCUGAUGCGCAGGAUUCUUAUAAGGAUGGAGUGAUUGUGCUAGUAACUGGAUGCUUGACUGGAAAGGACAACGUGAGAAGGAAAUUCACCCAGACUUUCUUUCUUGCUCCUCAAGAUAAAGGGUAUUAUGUUUUGAAUGAUGUUUUUAGGUAUGUUGAAGAGAGUGAACCUGACAUUAGCUCAGGGGUUGUUCUUGGAGUUAAUGAGACACCAUCUAGUUCUUUGGGCCAAGAUCCAGAGCUGGCUCAAGUGGUUGAUCCCCCCAAUGCAAAUGAUGCAACUUCCACACCAGAGGAAGUUGAGACAAUUGAGGAGAAAACGAGUGAUCAAGUGAUUGAUGAGAGACAAGCUAGCAGUGAUAGGGAUAUUUUGGUGGAAGCUGAGUCUCAUUUAGAUGAGAAUCAUGAAUCCGUGGUUGCAGAGUCAGUUCCUUCUGCAUCCCAGGAGGAUCUUCCGAAGAAAUCUUAUGCAUCAAUUGUUAGUUCCCAGGCAAAGAAGGGGCCAACCAAAGUUUAUGUUCCUGCUAAUCCAGCUAAAGGAACUUCAGCGAAAACUGAGAGCCAGCCAGUCAAUCCAGCUACAGAGGCUUCAGACACUGAAGCCGAAGCACCUGUUCCCCCUGAUAAUGCACAAGAAAGUGAAGAUGCUGAGGAUGAAGUUGAGGGUCACUCCAUAUAUAUCCGCAAUUUGCCUCUUAAUGCUACAGUUGCUCAGCUCGAAGCUGAAUUUAAGAAAUUUGGAACUAUUAAGCCAAAUGGGGUACAAGUUAGAAGUAAUAAGCAACAAGGGUUCUGCUUUGGCUUUGUUGAAUUUCAAGAAUUUAGCUCCAUGCAAAGUGCAAUUAAGGCUUCUCCCGUAACUAUCGGGGAUCGUCAAGCUGCUGUGGAGAUAAAAAGGACCACCACUCGAGUUGGCAGUGGAAGGGGUCGUUUUACUUCUUCACGUGGAGGGUUCCGUAACGACAACUUCAGAGGUCGUGGAAACUUUGGCAGUGGUCGGGCCUAUGUCAGAAAUGAUAACUUCAGGGGUCGAGGAAACUUGAGCAGCGGGCAUGGUGGGGAAGGUUAUCAACAAGGAAGAGGGAGGGGUGGAGAAGGUUACCAACAAGGAAGAGGGAGGGGCGGUCGUCGUUACGGUCCAAGUCAGAUUUAUGCUUCAGUAUAGGGAAUGGGAGGGUAAAUUUUUUACAAGAGUUUUCUUUGCAUAUGUGAGCACCUGAAACACAGAAAGUGCUGGUACGGGUAGUGGCAUCGCAUCAACUUAAAAUCCUUCAAGAGCGUGAGUAACAAUUAAUCAAUUCUUGCUAACAGAAUUUUUGUGUAGGGAGGACUUCUCAGCUUUUUAGGAAUGUAAUUAAAUUGUCAUAUCUGACUGGGAAAAAAGAUGAUAUUUUCUUGCGAGCAAAUGUUUGAUAUCA